GGCUUGUCCUGUUUGCCGUCCGCCGGUCUGCCUUGGCGAUCUGUCCGUUUCCUUGUUGACCUCGGCGUGGUAGAAGUUGCUAGGGGCUUUCCUCAUUGUUUGGCUUCUUUUAACUAUUAAUCGCUGACAGCCGCAAACGUAAGGCGCCCGUCCUCAUGACGCUAAAAGUUAUUGUAGCGACAGACAAAGCAGAUCUGCUUUGCCGUCUCAAAGAUUUGGUUCAACAGGUUGCCGAUACCUUCGUUUCGUCAGGAAAUGAGUUUCUUAAAGUCGGUGUUUCCGGUGGGAGCAUGGUUGGCAUGCUCACACAAGUACUUCCAGGUGUCAAGACGGAUUGGCAGAAAUGGCGGUUUUUCUUUUGUGACGAGAGGCUUGUUCCGCUUGAAAAUAGUGAGAACACUUUCGGCAGCUACAUCGCACAGCUUGCACCGAAGCUGUGUUUGAAAAAGGAACAAUUUGUGAUCGUCAACACAUCGCUGCCGCCCCCUGAGGCGGCCAAAGACUACUCCGCAAAGUUGAAAGAAUACUUUAAGAGUGUCCCCGAGUUUGACCUGCUGCUGUUGGGAAUGGGCCCGGAUGGGCAUACUUGUUCCCUGUUCCCUGGACACAGGUUGCUUGAGGAGAAAACAAAAUGGGUGGCGGACAUUACAGAUUCUCCAAAGCCUCCUUUAUGCAGAGUGACUUUGACUUUUCCAGUCAUCAAUUCUGCAAAGCUGGUUGUAUUUCCGAUUGCCGGUGCAGAAAAGGCUGACACUGUAGUUAAAGUGCUUCACGCAAAGGAAGGAGAGCCGCGCCUUCCAGCGUCGCUGGUUCAGCCCACCAAAGGCGAUGUCGUCUGGCUUUUGGACAGCGCGGCCGCUAGCCAGCUGCCCAAAUGAUGCAUCUUCAUGACACUGUUGUCUUUUAAUUAAGCAACGCGUUCAGUUUGUGCAUGUCGGGCUUCCAAUAAAAGGUUUGCUACAAGUGAUUUUUU